UUUUUGAUCCUGACAUCUCUGCUCGUCCCUCUUGUUCAAAUGUCCAUGUCUUAUAUCCUGAUAAGACAAACUGAACCGUAUCCAUUCUGCAUAUGCUCAGUUUGGUGUGUAUUGCUAGAGAGUGCAUGUGAUCAGCACAGGGCCAAUCAGCACUGUCCAGACAGAGGUCAGGGGUUUUGCAAUUCCUAGAGCAGAAAGAAAACUCCUCCUACAAGCUUUAACCAGUGCUCUGCUGGACACUGAUAGAAGUCACAAGACUGCUCUGACUGCUGAUGAGAAAAGGUAGUUAGCAGUUUAUAUUUACUAA